GUGCUCACCAGCUGCCCAGUCAGCCCAGGGUUCCGGGCACCUGCGACCAGACCUGACCAACUCCCAGGUCCCUGCCCCCGCCCCCUAACGGAGGGCGGGGCAGCCGCAACCUGGGGCCCCGCGGAUUUAAAGGCGCGGGACACGGGGCGCGGGGCGGAGGAGCAGUGGAUCGGGAGGAACUGGGGGACUUCGGACUCAACGCAGGCCGGCGUCGUGCGGCAGGAAACAAGUGGAUCUUGGGCAAGUUCUGCACAACCAGCUGUGUACAAUGAAUGGCCAGGCUUCUCCUCUUGAUGUCCUGGACACCAGAAGCACUGAGCAGGCAACAGUCACCAAAAACAUGAAGGCUGAGCUAGGAGCCAGCACCCCGCUCAGGCCCCAAGUGGAGACACCCCUGUGCACCAAAGCCAAGAGCAUUGCUGGAGUGUACGUGGAGGCCUCAGGACAGACCCAGAGUAUCUAUGCUGCUACAAAGCAGGGUCUCCUGCCUGCUGUACUUGGGCUGGCUCUGCUGGAGGCCCAGGCAGCCACUGGGGGCCUUGUGGAUCCCACCCAGGGCCAACUGCUCCCUGUGUCCAAGGCCCUGCAGCAGGGCCUAGUAGGGCUAGAGCUGAAGGAGAAGCUGUUGGCUGCUGAACGUGCAGUCACUGGCUACCCUGAUCCCUACGGGGGUGAGAAGCUGGCCCUCUUCCAGGCCAUUGGGAAGAAAGUUGUGGAAAGAACUCUUGGGUACAGAUGGCUACAGGCCCAGCUGGCCACUGGGGGCCUGGUGGACCCUAUCCGGGGCAUACGGGUGGCCCCUGAGCUUGCCUGCCAGCAGGGCCUCCUAGACCAGGAAACAUGGCUUAGUUUGUCCAAGCUGGAGCCUGGCACAGAUGCCCCGGGUUUCCUUGACCCCAAUACCCAGGAGCAGCUGCUGUAUGGCAUGCUGCUAGCCAGGUGUGUGCAGGCUCCUGAGUCAGGGCUGGCCUUGCUGCCCCUCAAGAUCACCUUCCGUACCCUAGGAGGGGCAGCCAGUGUUGCUGAGCUGCUAGAAGUGGGGGUCCUGGACAAGGAGGUAGGCCAGGGCCUACAAGAGGGCACACUGGCAGUGUCAGAUGUGAGCAUGCGCCCCGAGGUGCGGCGCUACCUGGAGGGCACCAGCAGCGUGGCGGGCAUCGUCUUACUGCCUGAAGGCCACAAGAAAAGCUUCUUCCAGGCCACCACUGAGCACCUGCUUCCGAUGGGCACUGCACUCCCACUCCUGGAGGCUCAAGCUGCUACCCGCACCCUGGUAGACCCAGCCACAGGGCAGCAGCUCUGGGUGGAUGAGGCAGUCAGGGUGGGCCUGGUUGGCCCCGAGCUCCACAAGCAGCUCCUGAUGGCAGAGCAGGCAGUGACUGGGUACUACGAUCCUUUCAGUAGCUCCCGGAUCCCCCUCUUUCAGGCCAUGAAGAAGGAGCUGGUAGACCAGACACUGGCUCUGCGCCUUCUGGAUGCCCAGCUGGCCACAGGUGGACUGGUCUGCCCAGCUCACAGGUUCCGGCUGCCCCUGAAGGCUGCCUUACGCCUUGGCUGCCUGGAUGAAGAGACUCAGCAACAUCUCUCCCAGGCUGCAGGCUUUUCAGACCCCAGCACCCACGGCAGAGUGAGCUAUGAGCAGCUGUUGGCCUGCUGUGUCACUGACCCAGAGACAGGGCUCGCCUUUCUGCCCCUCUUGGGGGAGCCCCAUGGAGAAGUUCUCCAGGCACCCACAUUCAUCGAGCACCAUACUCGACAGGCCUUGAGUGCAGCCACAGCCUCUGUCUCUGCGGAGAAGUUCCAGGGCCGGCCUGUGUCCCUCUGGGAGCUGCUCUUCUCUGAGGCAGUCCCUGUGGAACGGCGGGCACUGCUGGCCCAGCAGUACCAGGAAGGGGCCCUCUCGAUGGAGGAGCUGGCAGCUCAGCUGAAGGCCACCAUUGAUCAGGCUGCUGCUACUACCAGAGUCACUUUUGCUGGGCUGAGGAACACUGUGACACCAGCAGAGCUGCUAAAAGCUGAGAUCAUUGACCAAAAGCUAUAUGAGAAGCUGGAACGUGGGCAGGCCUCAGCCAAGGAUGUGGGCAGCCUGGACUCAGUACAGAGGUACCUGCAGGGCACAGGCUGCAUCGCUGGCCUGCUGCUGCCGGGAUCUCAGGAGCGCCUCAGCAUCUAUGAGGCCCGAAGCAAGAGGCUUCUCAGGCCAGGUACUGCUCUCAUCCUCCUUGAGGCCCAGGCUGCUACAGGCUUCAUCAUUGACCCAAAGGAAAACAAGAGAUACUCUGUGGAAGAGGCUCUGAGGGCUGAUGUCAUUGGUCCUGACGUGUAUGCAAAGCUGCUGUCCGCCGAGCGCGCCAUCACCGGCUACACUGACCCCUACUCCGGGGAGCAGAUCUCUCUUUUCCAGGCCAUGCAGAGGGAUCUCAUUGUGCAUGAUCAUGCUGUCCGCCUGCUGGAGGCACAGAUCGCCACAGGCGGCAUCAUUGACCCUGUGCAUAGCCACCGAGUUCCCGUGGACGUGGCCUACCAGCGUGGCUACUUUGACCAAAUGCUAAACUCGAUCUUAUUAGACCCAUCCGAUGACACCAAGGGCUUCUUUGACCCCAACACACACGAAAACCUCACCUACCUACAGCUACUGGAGCGCUGCGUGCGCGAUCCCGAGACAGGCCUGUACCUCUUGCCGCUCAGUAGCACGAAGCCCCAGCUGGUGGAUGGUGCCACCAGAGAGGCCUUCCAGAACUUGCUGCUGUCUGUGAGGUACGGACGGUUCCGAGGACAGAGGAUUUCCACGUGGGAGCUGAUCAACUCGGAGUACUUCAGUGAAGACUGGAGAAGACAGCUGCUGCAGCGCUAUCGGCAGCGCAAGGUUACACUCAAGCAGGUCACGCAGCUACUGGAGAGAGAAAUGAGGAAGUGGGCUGACGUCACACUACCUGCACUGCAUGGCCGAGUCACUGCCUACCAGCUCCUAGAGGCUGACAUCAUUGACCAGGAGCUGUUGGACCAGGUGCUGGAGGGGGUGGUAAGCCCAGACACCCUCCUCCACAGGGACAGAGUCCACAGGUACCUUCAGGGCUCAGGUGCUGUGGGUGGCGUGCUGUUGCAGCCCUCCAACCAGAGGCUCAGCCUCUACCAGGCCAUGAAACAGAAGCUGCUAAUGCCAGGUGUGGCACUGGCCCUGCUAGAGGCUCAAGCAGCCACUGGAGCCAUCAUGGAUCCUUGCAGUCUAGAGAACCUGUCCGUGGAUGAGGCUGUGCGCAAGGGAGUGGUGGGACCAGAGGUAUACAGCAGGCUGAAGCAGGCUGAGGACUCUGUCACUGGCUUCAGAGACCCCUUCUCUGGGAAGAGGGUAUCCUUAUUCCAGGCCAUGAAGAAGGGCCUUAUCUCCGUGGAGCAGGCCACCCGCUUCCUAGAAGCCCAGGUAUCCACAGGAGGAGUCAUUGAUCCCAUGGGCCACUACCACCUCCCCAUGUCUGUGGCCGUCCAACGUGGCUGCAUUGAUCAGGAGAUGGAGGCUGCCUUGUCUAGCUCUCCCAAGACUUUCCCCAUGCCAGACGGCCAAGGGCACACCAGCUAUACCCAGCUUCUGGAGCAGUGCCCCCGGGAUAAGGCCUCUGGUCUUUAUCUCUUACCCCUGGAAGAAAGUGUUCCUGCUGCAUCCACUGACACUCAGAUCCAGGAGACCCUGAAGGCUACACCAGGGACUGAGGAUGGCUUGUCUCUCUGGGAUCUGCUCAGCUCCUGCCACUUCACCGAGGAGCAGCGCAGGGGCCUCUUGGAGGAUGUGUGUGUCGGGAGGACCUCUGUGUCACAACUACAAGCCACUGUGUGCAGCCAGGUGCAGGAGGCGGAGCUCCUGGCCCGAACCCGUGUCACAGUUCCAGGCCCAAGGGGCAAGAUCCCUGCUGUCUGGCUGCAGGAUGCAGGCAUCAUCUCCCAGGACACACUGGUGGCGCUAGCUCAGGGCACACAGUCACCAGCCGAGGUUGCUGAGCUGCCUGAUGUGAAGGCCUGCCUCUGGGGGACAGGCUGUGUGGCUGGGGUGCUCCUACAGCCCUCUGGGACUAAAGUGAGCAUUUCCCAGGCUAUGAGGGAUAGCCUGCUGCCCAUGGGCCUGGGCCAGAGGCUCCUGGAGGCCCAGGUGGCAUCUGGCUUCCUUGUUGACCCACUGACCAGCCAGAGGCUGUCAGUGGAAGAUGCAGUCAAGUCUGGGCUGGUGGGCAAGGAACUGAGCGAGCAGCUCAAGCAGGCUGAGAGGGCCGUGGCUGGGUAUGCUGAUCCUUACACAGGGGGCUCCCUGUCACUGUGGCAGGCCAUGGAGAAAGGGCUUGUGCCCCAGAGAGAGGGCUUCCCCCUCCUGCAGGUGCAGCUGGCCACAGGGGGUGCAGUGGAGCCUGUUUAUGGGGUGCACCUGCCCCAGGCAGUGGCCUGCAGGCUUAGAGUCCUAGAUGAGCAGACCAGCCAGACACUGACAACCACUAAGGAAGACAAUAAGUUCUUCUUUGAUCCCAAUGGCAAGGAAAAGGUGACUUACCAGCAGCUCAAGGAGCGAUGUGUGCUGGACAGUAAUACUGGUCUGUGGCUGCUGCCAUUGCCCCAGGACACUGUGCUCGAGGUAGAUGACCACACUGCUGUGGCACUGAGGGCCAUGAAAGUGCCCAUCAGCAUGGGGAGGUUCCAAGGACGCAGUGUGUCACUCUGGGACCUGCUGCGCUCUGAGUACAUCAGUGUAGACAAGCGCCAGGAUCUGGUGGCGCUCUGUCAGUCUGGGCGAGCUGCAGCCCUCCGGCAAGUGGUUACUGCGAUCACUGCCCUGGUGGAGGCUGCAGAGAAGCAGGCCCCAAAGGCCACUUUCAGAGGACUCCGGAAGCAGGUGUCUGCCAGUGACCUAUUCAGGUCUCAGCUGAUUAACAAGCAGACACUGGAUGAGUUGACUCAAGGGAAAAGGACAGUGGAAGAGGUAACAGAGAUGGAUAGUGUAAGGCAGUCCCUGGAAGGAGGCAAUUUCAUUGCUGGGGUCCUCAUCCAGGGCACCAAUGAAAAGAUGAGCAUCUCUGAGGCCUUGACAAGGAAUAUCCUGAGACCCGGCACAGCCCUGGUACUCCUGGAAGCACAGGCAGCCACCGGAUUCAUCAUUGACCCAGUAGAGAACCGGAAGCUGACUGUGGAGGAGGCAUUUGCAGCUGGAAUGUUCAGCAGGGAAACAUAUGUGAAGUUGCUGUCAGCUGAGCGUGCUGUCACCGGCUACACCGAUCCAUAUAAUGGGGAGCAGAUCUCUCUCUUCCAGGCCAUGCAGAGGGACCUCAUCGUGCGCGACCACGGCAUCCGCCUGCUGGAGGCCCAGAUCGCCACGGGCGGUAUCAUCGACCCCGUGCACAGCCACCGCGUGCCCGUGGACGUGGCCUACCAGCGCGGCUACUUUGAUGAGGAGAUGAACCGUAUCCUGUCAGACCCCAGCGAUGACACCAAGGGCUUCUUCGACCCCAACACACAUGAGAACCUCACCUACCUGCAGCUGCUGGAGCGCUGUGUGAAAGACCCUGAGACAGGCCUAUACAUGUUACAAAUUGUAAAGAAAGGAGAGACCUACGCAUACAUUGAUGAGGCCACAAGGCGCAUGCUGAAAUCCAAAACUGUAGAAAUGCAUGUGGGGAGGUUUGAAGGCCAGACAGUUUCUGUCUGGGAUGUCUUGUGCUCUCAGUACUUCACAGAGAAAAAGAAGAAAGAGUUAGUGUGCGAGUACAGAAGGCAGAACAUGGACCUGGACAAACUGCUGACAGUUAUAACCACCACCAUUGAAGAAACAGAAAAGCAAAGCAAAGUCAUCAAGGUGCCAGCCAUCCAGGGGGAUGUGACGGCUGCAGAACUGUUCAACUCUGGGGUCAUCAACAAGAAGACCCUGGACGCAAUUUACAGUGGGGAGAGUGGGUACCAGGACCUCCGCCAGCUGGAGCAUGUGAACACCUACCUGGAGGGCACUGGCUGCAUUGCUGGGGUGACUCUACCCUCCACUGGGGAGGUCCUGAGCUUUGAGGAGGCCAGUAAGGAGAAGCUCAUUCCUGCAGGUUUUGCAGUCCAGCUGCUGGAGGCUCAGGCAGCCACUGGGUUCCUGCUUGACCCCCACACCCACCAGAAACUGUCUGUGAAUAAGGCUGUAGCAACAGGCCUGGUAAGCAAAGAGCUGCAGGAAAGGCUUUUGGCUGCAGAGAGAGCCUCAAAAGGUUAUACUGACCCAGCCACAGGGGAGAUGAUUCCACUGUUCCAGGCCAUGAAAAAGAAGUUAGUCCAGAGAGAGGAGGCGCUGAGGCUGCUAGAGGUGCAGGUAGCCACAGGGGGAAUCGUGGAUCCCCUGCACCACCAUCGCCUGCCACUGGAAACAGCCUACAGACGUGGAUGUCUGCAUAAGGACAUAUAUGUGCUCAUUGAAGAUCAGAAGCACAUGAAGAAAAGGUUUGUGGAUCCCAACACACAGGAGAAAGUCACCUAUCAGGAGCUUCAGAAUAGAUGCCAGAGGGAGGAAUCUGGCUGGACUCUGUUUCCACUGAUCAGGGAAGCGAAGGAUGCUACAUAUGUCGAUGAGGCAACCAAAAGAGCCUUCCAGGCAGAGAAGGUAGAUAUAAAGAUGGGUAGGUACAGAGGCCAGAGGCCAUCCGUGUGGGAGCUGCUGAACUCAGAAUACGUAACAGAGGAGAAAAAGCUGGAACUCGUUAGAAUAUAUAAAGGAGACACAACACGAGCAUUAGAAAUGGUAGUUCAAAAUAUUCUACAAAUAAUUCAAGAAAAGGAAACACGGACAAAACAGCUAUGGUUCCGAGGUAUCAGAAAACAAAUAACAGCAGCGGAGCUCUGUGGAUCGAAUAUCAUCACCAGACAGACAUUGGUGGACCUAGAGGAAGGGAAGAGUACCGUAGCUCAAAUUGAAAAAAAUGAGAAGGUGAAAAGAUACCUGGAGGGCACGAGCUCCAUCGCGGGGGUCCUGGUGCCCGCCAAGGGCGAGCCCAGCCGCCAGGAGAAGAUGAGCAUCUACCAGGCCAUGUGGAAGGGGCUGCUGCGGCCCGGCACGGCCCUGGUGCUGCUGGAGGCACAGGCGGCCACCGGCUUCGUCAUCGACCCCGUGCACAACCGGAAGCUGUCCGUGGAGGAGGCCGUGGCCGAAGGCGUGGUGGGCGGCGAGAUCCGGGAGAAGCUGCUGUCCGCCGAGCGCGCCGUCACCGGCUACACCGACCCUUACUCCGGGGAGCAGAUCUCCCUCUUCCAGGCCAUGCAGAGGGACCUCAUCGUGCGCGACCACGGCAUCCGCCUGCUGGAGGCCCAGAUCGCCACGGGCGGCGUCAUCGACCCCGUGCACAGCCACCGCGUGCCCGUGGACGUGGCCUACCAGCGCGGCUACUUCGACGAGGAGAUGAACCGCGUCCUGGCGGACCCCGGUGACGACACCAAGGGCUUCUUCGACCCCAACACGCACGAGAACCUCACCUACGUGCAGCUGCUGCGCCGAUGCGUGCGCGACCCGGACAGCGGGCUCUACAUGCUGCAGCUGGCGGGCCAGGGCUCCGCGGUGCACCAGCUGAGCGAGGAGCUGCGCAGCGCUCUGCGAGACGCCCGGGUCACGCCAGGCCCGGGCGCCUUCCAGGGCCAGAGCCAGAGCGUCUCCGUGUGGGAGCUCCUCUUCUACCGCGAGGUGCCCGAGAGCCUGCGCCAGGACCUCCUCCGCCGCUACCGGGCGGGCACGCUGACCGUGCAGGACGUGGGCACCACCCUCACCUCGCUGCUGGCCCGGCCCGAGGAAGGGGCCCCGUGCGGGGCUCUGCGUGCAGCCACCAUGGAGGUCAGGGUGGGCCACCUGCGGGGGCGCGCGGUCCCCGUGUGGGACGUGCUGACAUCCAGCUAUGUGAGCGGGGCCACCCGGGAGGAGCUGCUUGCCGGGUUUCGCUCAGGGACACUGCCCCUGCCCGCGCUGACCCGCAGGCUGACCACCAUCAUCGAGGAGGCCGAGGAGCCCCAGGGGGCCCGGCCCGAGCCUCGGGACCCCUCGCCCAACGAGCGGGAGCCGGGGUCGUCCACGCCCUCCCCACGCGAGGCCGAGGUCGCUGGCCGCCACCAGGAGCGCGCCCUGCGUGCCGCCACCAUGGAGGUGCGCUCGGGGCAGUUCCAGGGCCAGCCGGUGUCCGUGUGGGACGUCCUCUUCUCCUCAUACCUGACCCAGGCCCGCCGGGACGAGCUCCUGGCCCAGCAUGCGGCCGGCACCCUGGCGCUGCCCGACCUCGUGGCCAUCCUCAUCCGGGUCAUCGAGGAGACGGAGGCACGGCUCAGCCGCGUGUCCUUCCGGGGCCUGCGGCGCCAGGUGUCCGCGUCCGAGCUGCAAAAGUCGGGGAUCCUGGGCCCCGACACCCUCCGGGACCUGGCCCAGGGCGCCAAGACGCUGCAGGAGGUGACGGAGAUGGACUCCGUCAAGCGCUACCUGGAGGGCACGAGCUGCAUCGCGGGGGUCCUGGUGCCCGCCAAGGGUGAGCCCGGCCGCCAGGAGAAGAUGAGCAUCUACCAGGCCAUGUGGAAGGGGCUGCUGCGGCCCGGCACGGCCCUGGUGCUGCUGGAGGCACAGGCGGCCACGGGCUUCGUCAUCGACCCCGUGCACAACCGGAAGCUGUCCGUGGAGGAGGCCGUGGCCGAAGGCGUGGUGGGCGGCGAGAUCCGGGAGAAGCUGCUGUCCGCCGAGCGCGCCGUCACCGGCUACACCGACCCUUACUCCGGGGAGCAGAUCUCCCUCUUCCAGGCCAUGCAGAGGGACCUCAUCGUGCGCGACCACGGCAUCCGCCUGCUGGAGGCCCAGAUCGCCACGGGCGGCGUCAUCGACCCCGUGCACAGCCACCGCGUGCCCGUGGACGUGGCCUACCAGCGCGGCUACUUCGACGAGGAGAUGAACCGCGUCCUGGCGGACCCCGGUGACGACACCAAGGGCUUCUUCGACCCCAACACGCACGAGAACCUCACCUACCUACAGCUGUUGCAGAGGACUACCGUAGACCAGGAAACUGGCCUUUGCUUUCUCCCUUUGUCCUAGAAGUUUUUUGAUUUUUGUCCCUCUGUCUUUCCAGCAGCUUUCACAGUAUUUUCAUCUUUAUUUUAUAAUUUGUAUAUUUUAUCCUUGACUCUUGUCCUUUCAUGUUUGUAAGGGUUUUUGUGUUCUCAGUCUUUUGUUUGAUACAGCCUGCUCUUGUGUUUAGUCCUGGUGUCUACCUCUUCAGUGUCUGUUUUCAUGGCACUGUCCGUGAAAAUCUCCUGUUUUUGUUUGUAAUUUGCACUAUUUUUUAUUAGUGUGUUUUGUUGUUUUUUGUUUGAUUGUUUGUUCUUUUAUUUUCCCUGUAUCACUUUCAGGUCCUCUCUUCUUCACCUGCUGAGUGUUGAGGGAAGCUGCCUUUUCCUUGGGUGUCCUGUAUCUGAUGCUGAAAUGUAGAUUGCUCAGACUACUCUUAUCUUGAUUUGAUUCAGGACACCUAGCGGGGUUUGGAGUAUGACAGUACUAGUCUCAUCAAACAGUGAGGUUUGGGAUGUGGGGCCUACUUCUGGGAGUCAGAAGAUCACUGGAUCCUUGACUUUGAAGGACAUAUCUUUUCUUGGGCUUAUCCGGGCUCACUGCUCCCUGAGGUCCACCAGGUGAGCAGGUUUCCUGCACCCUGCCUCUGCCAUUGUAUUUCUACUUUAGAGUCAGCCAAAAUGAACUGAAAUCUCUAAAAGUGUGAAUUAAAAAUUAAUCUUUUCCUUAUUUAACAUGCGGGUGUUGGGUAUUUUAUCCCAGCAAUGGAAAGGUGACUAAUACAACUUGUCAACUUUUUAUGUUCCAAUUUCAAUAAAUGCAUUUCUUUUCAUUAUAAAAUGA